GACCGGAAGUGGCUUCCUUGGGAGACCCGGAUGCGUCCAGAGCGUCGCAGGAGAAAGCAGGCAGGCAGGAGAGAGGCGUGAUGUCUGCGGCGGAGGAGGACGGCGGGGGUCCCGGGCUGUUGCUGCUGGGGCGGCGCUCCAGGGACGCCGAGGAGGAAGAGGGCCAAAGCGAGGAGCCCCUGCAGCUCAACCUGGGAGAGCUGGACCUCACCUCCGAUGAGUUCAUCCUGGAUGAAGUGGACAGUCACAUACAAGCCAACCUGGAGGAUGCUCUGGUGCAGGAGGCCUUGAAAACGGGGGUGGACCUGAGGCAGUACUCCAAGCAAGUGGAGCUGGAGCUGCAGCAGAUCGAGAAUGCCUCCAUCAAGGACUACAUCAAGGAGAGCAAGAACAUUGCCUCGCUCCAUACUCAGAUCACGGCCUGUGACGCGGUCCUGGAGCGCAUGGAGGCCAUGCUGAGCUCCUUCCAGUCGGACCUGAGCAGCAUCAGCUGUGAGAUCCAGACCCUGCAGGAGCAGUCGGUGGCCAUGAACGUCCGGCUCCGCAACCGCCAGGCCGUCCGCGGGCGCCUCUCCCAGCUGGUGGACGAGCUGGUGGUGCCCAACGUCAUGAUCAGCACCAUCCUGGAGACCCCCGUGACGGAGCAGGCCUUCCUGGAGCAGCUCCACGAGCUGAACAACAAGAUCAACGCCGUCAAGGAGCAGGCCUUCCGUGAGACCACCGCCUGCGCAGACGUGGCCGACGUCCUGGACAAGCUCAAGGCCAAGGCGGUGGCCAAGAUCCGUGAGUUCAUCCUGCAGAAGGUCUACUCCUUCCGGAAGCCGAUGACCAACUACCAGAUCCCCCAGAAUGCCCUCCUCAAAUACAGGUUCUUCUACCAGUUUCUCCUGGGACACGAGCGCGCGGUAGCCAAGGAGGUCCGGGAUGAGUACAUGGAGACCAUGAGCAAGAUCUACCUCAGCUACUUCAAGUCCUACACCAGCCGCCUGAUGAAGGUCCAGUACGAGGAAGUGGCCGAGAAGGACGACCUCAUGGGAGUGGAGGACACGGCCAAGAAGGGCUUCUUCUCCAAGCCCUCCCUCCGGAACCGCAACACGGUCUUCACGCUGGGGAACCGGGGCAGCGUCAUCGGGGCGGCCGAGCUGGAGGGCCCCAUCAUCGUCCCCCAUUCCGCCCAGAAGAGCGACGUCCGGUACCCCUUUGAGUCCCUCUUCCGCAGCCAGCACUACGCCUUACUGGACAACAGCUGCCGGGAGUUCCUCUUCCUCUGCGACUUCUUCCUGGUGACCGGGACCCCCGCCCUGGACCUCUUCCACGCCGUCAUGGGAAAGACCCUGGCCAUGUUCCUGAAGCACAUGAAUGCCUAUGUGAGCGACUGCUACGACAGCAUUGCCAUCUUCCUCUGUAUCCACAUCGUCCUGCGCUUCAAGGCCAUCAUGGCCAAGCGCAACGUCCCCGCCAUCGACAAAUAUUGGGACACUCUGCUGGAGAUGCUGUGGCCCCGUUUUGAGCACAUCCUGGAGCUGAACAUCCAGAGCAUCCAGAACACAGACCCCCAGAAGCUGGGCUUCCUGGACACGAGGCCCCACUAUAUCACCCGUCGCUACGCAGAGUUCUCUUCGGCCAUCGUCAGCAUCAACCAGACCUUCCCCCAUGACCGGACCCUCACGUUGCUGGGGCAGCUCCAGACGGAGGUGGAGAACUUUGUCCUGCGGGUGGCGGCCGAGUUCUCCUCCCGCAAGGAGCAGCUCAUCUUCCUCAUCAACAACUACGACAUGAUGCUGGGCGUCCUGAUGGAGCGGGCUGUGGAGGAGAGCAAGGAGGUGGAGGGCUUCCAGCAACUGCUGAAUGCAAGGACGCAGGAGUUCAUUGAGGAGCUCCUGGCCCCAGGUUUCGGGGGCAUGAUUGCUUUCGUGAAGGAGGCGGAGGCUCUGGCGGAGCGGGGACAGAUGGAGCGCCUGCGCGGGGAUGAAGCCCGGGUGACGCAGCUGGUGCGUGGCUUUGCCGCCACCUGGAAGUCGGCCGUGGAGGCCCUGAGCCAAGACGUCAUGCGCUCCUUCACCAACUUCAAGAACGGCACCACCAUCAUCCAGGGGGCGCUGACGCAGCUGAUCCAGUACUACCACCGCUUCCACAAGGUGAUGGCGCUGGCCCCGCUCAAGGCCCUGCCCGUCCGCUCCGAGCUCAUCAACAUCCACCACCUCAUGGUCGAGGUCAAGAAGCACAAGCCCAACUUCUGAGGAUGCGCUUCCUCUCUCGGCCGCCGCAUCAGCCCCACAUCCCAGGGCGGUGCCCAGAGCAUGACCCCCCCCCCCCCACUGUAUGUAUGGUGUUCUGCUUUGUGUCGAGAUAAUAAAUCCCAGUCCAACUCAA